UUUGAUCCAACUUAUAUUUUUAGGAGCAUUCUUAUGGUUUGUUAGAAGAACACUCCCAUUUAAACGCCCAAAAUCUACUAACUGUCUAACUGUCACAUUUUCUCUCCUUUCAUCAACCUGCAAGAACUUGUUCAUUGAAUUCCAUAACGUUUCUGAAAAUAAUCCUUUUUCACUAGAAUUCUACGUAGAGAAUUGAUAAUUAUAACAGUGAUUAUACACGAUGAUGGCCGAAGAUCUCGGCAUCGAGGCCAAGGAGGCGGCCGUGCGGGAGGUUGCAAAGCUUCUGCCGGUGCAGGAGGUUUUGCAGUCGAUCUCUUCGAUCAAAGCCGACUACAUAGCUCGCCAACAGGCCAAUGAUGCGCAACUUAGUACAAUGGUUGCUGAACAGGUUGAACAAGCACAAGCUGGUCUGGAAUCGCUUGCUUAUGCUCAGAAGACCAUAAGUCUGCUCCGAGAUAACUUCGUUUAUAUUGAAAAGCUAUGCACAGAAUGCCAAACGUUAAUUGAAAAUCAUGAUCAGAUAAAGGUUCUUAGUAAUGCAAGGAAUAACCUGAACACUACUUUGAAGGAUAUUGAGGGAAUGAUGUCAAUUUCUGUUGAGGCUGCUGCAGCGCGGGAUUCCCUAAGUAAUGAUAAAGAACUCAUCCACACCUAUGAGAGGUUAACAGCUCUUGAUGGAAAGCGUAGGUUUGCAUUAGCUGCUGCUGCUUCUCAUAAGGAAGAGGUUGGCAGACUAAGGGAAUAUUUUGAAGAUGUAGAUCGCACAUGGGAAACAUUUGAGAAAAUAUUAUGGGCUCAUAUUGCCAACUUCUUGAAACUUGCUAAAGAGAGCCCACAAACACUUGUUCGAGCUAUAAGGGUUGUUGAGAUGCAAGAAAUCCUAGACUUGCAAGUUGCUGAAGAAGCAGCUGAGGCUGAGGGAGAUGAGGCAAUGGCAGCAAUAACAAAUCCUCGAAAAAAUUCCAAAAAAUUUAAUAAGGCACCAGCUUCUUCUAGGAAUCUUAUGCAGCAAAAGGUGAAGGUUCAAGGAAAAGGCUACAGAGAUAAAUGUUAUGAUAGUAUAAGAAUGUCUGUUGAAGAGCGUUUUGACCAGCUGCUCAAUGAGGAAGAACUUAAAACAGCUAUAGAUGAAGCAAAAUCGAUGGGGGAAGAGCUUGGAGGUAUAUAUGAUUAUGUGGCUCCUUGCUUUCCUCCAAGAUAUGAAAUUUUUCAGCUCAUGGUUAACCUUUAUACUGAGAGGUUUAUUCAGUGGCUGAGAAAACUUAGUGACCAAGCAAAUAAUAUGACAAAUAUAGAGAUUUUAAAGGUAACUGGUUGGGUGGUUGAGUACCAGGAGAGUUUAAUUGCACUUGGAGUUGAUGAGGCUUUGGCUCAAGUUGUUUCUGAAAGUGGUUCAAUGGAUCCCCUCAUGACUGCAUAUGUUGAGAGAAUGCAAGCAACAUCUAGGAAAUGGUAUACGAACAUUCUAGAGGCAGAUAAAGUACAACCACCAAAAAGCACCGAUGAUGGAAAACUAUAUACACCUGCUGCUGUUGACCUGUUUAGGAUCCUUGGAGAGCAAGUGCAAAUAGUGCGAGACAAUAGCACUGAUGUCAUGCUAUACAGAGUUGCUUUGGCACUAAUUCAGGUGAUGAGUGAUUUUCAAGGAGCUGAAAGAAAGAGAUUAGAAGAACCAGCCGCUGAAAUUGGUCUGGAACCUUUAUGUGCAAUGAUAAACAAUAAUCUUCGCUGUUAUGAUCUUGCCAUGGAGCUGAGUUCUAGCACCAUUGAAGCUCUUCCAGAGAAUUAUGCUGAACAGGUUAGUUUUGAGGAUACAUGCAAAGGCUUUCUGGAGGUUGCGAAGGAAGCUGUUAAGCAAACGGUCAAUGUCAUUUUUGAUGAUCCUGGAGUGCUGGAAUUACUCGUCAAGCUGUAUAAAAAAGAGUGGUUGGAAGGACAGGUUACAGAGUAUCUGGGGGCAACGUUUGGGGAUUACUUCACAGAUGUGAAGAUGUACAUUGAGGAAAGAUCGUUUAGGCGUUUUGUUGAGGCUUGCCUGGAAGAGACUGCGAUUGUUUAUGUGGACCAUCUGCUUACACAGAAAAAUCAUAUCAAGGAAGAAACAAUAGAAAGGAUGAAGCUAGAUGAAGAGGUUCUCACGGAUUUCUUUCGCGAGUAUAUUAGCGCUUCUAAAGUAGAGACAAAACUAAGGAUACUUGGUGACAUGAGAGAACUUGCUUCUGCAGAGAGCCCCGAGUAUUUCACGCUUGUGUAUACAAAUAUUCUAGAGCAUCAACCGGAUUGUCCUCCAGAUGUUGUUGAAAAGCUUGUGGGGUUGCGAGAAGGAAUACCGAAAAAAGAUGCAAAAGAGGUGGUUCAAGAAUGCAAAGAAAUUUAUGAAAAUUCUCUGGUUAAUGGCCGCCCUCCAAAGACGGGGUUUGUUUUCCCAAGGGUCAAGGCCCUAACGCAAUCCAAAGGUGGUGUUGCAACAAUAUGGCGAAAUUUCGGGUAGUUUCGGUACAAACAAUAACACUGAAGAAUUUGCAUUUAGAUCAUUCAAGCGAGCUCAGCAGACCCGCUGUUUUUGUUUUUCUUACCGCAUUGGUGUUAUCAUUUUUUGUAAAAUAAAAUACAAUUACAUUGAAUAAAAAGUAGAUACAAUACUAUAAAACUUCUCUAAAUUUACAAUAA